CGAUCUACUAAAUUUCUCUAUAAAUUCAAUAACAAAAACCAGAAAAAUAAAAUAGAAAUAGAAAUACAAUGGCGCUGGCUAUGGCUAUGGCGACCAUAGCUUUCUCCUUCUUCUUCUUCUUCUUGCUUCUCUCAAACUUCGCUUCUGCAGACAGUGGAUUUGUGGGAAUAAAUUAUGGCAGAGUGGCGGACAACUUACCGCCGCCGCCGCAAGUGGUGAAGCUUUUACAGUCGAAAGGCGUAACCAAAGUCAAGCUCUACGACACUGACUCAACUGUACUUACUGCAUUCGCGAACUCCGGCAUAAGCGUCGUCGUCGCACUUCCCAACGAGGUUCUCUCCAACGCCGCGAACGACCAAUCAUUUGCCGACAACUGGGUUCAACUCAACAUCAGUAAAUUCUACCCCGCUACUAACAUUGAAGCCAUUGCAGUAGGUAAUGAGGUUUUCGUCGAUCCGAAGAACACGACACCGUUUCUCGUACCUGCUAUGACAAACAUUUACAACUCUUUGGUUAAAUAUAAGCUCGAUUCUGCUAUUAAAGUGUCUUCUCCGAUAGCUCUAAGCGCCUUGAACAACUCGUACCCGGCUUCCGCGGGUAUUUUUAAACCCGAAUUGGUCCCGGUCAUUAAACCCAUGUUAGAAUUGUUACGUAAAUCCGGGUCAUAUGUUAUGGUUAACAUUUACCCGUUUUUCGCUUACUCAGCGGACUCAAAAGAUAUAUCGUUAGAUUAUGCUUUGUUUAAAAACAACCCGGGUGUGGUGGAUUCGGGUAACGGUUUGAAAUAUUCUAACAUGUUUGAAGCCCAAGUGGACGCCGUUUACGCUGCUAUGUCAGCGAUCGGUUUCAACGACGUGAAGUUGACCGUUACAGAAACCGGGUGGCCUUCGCUCGGGGACGAGAAUGAGAUUGGCGCCAGCAAGGAGAAUGCAGCGUCGUAUAACGGAAAUCUAAUGCUCAGAGUUCACUCCGGUGGUGGGACCCCUGUCAGACCAAAUAAUCCACUCAACGUUUAUUUGUUCGCUUUGUUCAACGAAAAUCUGAAACCGGGUCCGACCUCAGAAAGGAACUAUGGUCUGUUUUACCCCAGCGAAGAGGAAGUGUAUGAUAUGCCAUAUGCAGAAAGCGAAGGGCAGUCUGGUAAUGCAACUACAAACCACGUUCAAGUUCCGAGCCCGACAACUAGCCCGGAUCCCAUAGUCCCAACGGCUUCAACAGGUACGUAUGAGACCCAAACCCCGACUUCAACCCCAAGCCCGACCCAGGCCCAGACUUGGUGCGUGGCAAAUGCUAAUGUUGAUGCGAACAAGCUGCAAACUGCACUAGAUUACGCGUGUGGGGAAGGAGCGGCUGAUUGCCGUCCAAUUCAACAAGGGGCCACGUGUUACGAUCCCAACACGUUAGAAGCACAUGCAUCAUACGCCUUCAAUAGCUACUAUCAGAAGCAGGGACGUAAGGCUGGAUCGUGCGACUUUGGUGGGACAGCCCGCGUAGUGAAGGAACAGCCUGAUUUUGGUGGGAAUUGCGAGUACCCAACAGGAUAUUGAAUUGAUUUCAAGCUUUUAGUCCAAGUUUUAGGUCCAUUUAUAAAUUAUGUAACGAUUUAUUCCGAAAUUGAUAUCGUAUUUUUGCAAAUAUUAGAGUUAAUUUUGGUAUUUUAGUGAUUAGGAAUAUAAUUAUUUUUUCCCUGAUAGAUAAAACGUACAUGAAAUUAUUGUUGAGACCAUAUAUUAAUGUGAUUUACAUUGUUUCUUUUGUAUUCUA